CAAGUGACCACGUCCUCCUUUCCUUGUCAAGCUGUUCUUAUUGUCGCGAAAUCUUUGGAGUGGUAGAGCUUCAUCUCUCAUACUCGUAUACAUGAUCAGGAUUGUGAUUCCUUGCCACGGGGUUUAGAAGUGCACGGCACUAGAUCAAUUCGAGAGGACAGACCAUAUCCACAGCGUUGUCGGUCAGAUCUCUUUUCCGCAACUAUAUUUCGUUCACGGUUCUCGCGAAAGAUUUCGUUGUCUAUCCCCAACUUCAACCCAUCAUGCCGAAUCGACUCAGCGCCAGCUCUAACGCUCAUUUACCUCGCCAUGAACAACUCACGACGAGCCCGUCGACGCAUUCACCAUCAACGAUCCUAUCCAGUACCAGCAUCGCCGCGCGCACGGAAUUUUUACUCGCGUCGACCAGCUUGGUCACGAUGAUUUCCCCCAUCAGUAAACCAUGCUAUCCCGUCUUUGUUCCACCUCUCAUUCGUCUUCCCUCGCACAGCUCAAGUGAAGCAAGUGAAGACCCAGCGCUCUCCUGGCCCACGAAUCUCGGGGAGAAGAUUGUAGGCGACGUCCUUGUAGCCACCGCCGUCACGGCGCUGGUAUCGCCGUUUCUGACGGUCGUCGACAAGGCCUUGGUCCAGCGGUCCAACGGAUCGCACACCCUCGGGCAAUCAGCGUGGGAGACCUGUGUCGCCGUAGCACAACGACCCGGGGCCUACCUCAAAUCACCGACCUAUCUUUGGAUGUGGAUGACUUAUGCCAGUACCUACAGUGCCGCCAACAUGCUGCACACCGUCACGGAACACUACGACUAUCAACGGGAUUCGAAGACGAAUGAUACCCUCGAUCAGCAAAGUAACGGUAGCUACAACGAAAACACUGCGAAGACCAAGUGCACAGCUAUCAGUAGCAACACUGCCACUAUCUUUGUCGGUACCACUAUGGUGAAUACUACAGCUUCGCUUGUCAAGGACAGGGCUUACGCCAAGCUCUUUGGCAACAACUCGGUCAAGGCUGUCCCGAACAUAUCCUACGGAUUGUGGAUGACCCGAGACUUUACCGUCGUGGGCUCGUCCUUUAUUCUUCCCGAGUACGUGGCUGCUUGGGCGUCGCAUCACGUUGAAAUGGAGCCUUCGAGGGUUCAGGCGCUAUCCCAGCUGGGAACGCCCAUCCUCGCACAAACUAUUGCGGGACCGUUGCACUUUUUGGGCCUGGAUUGUUACAACCGACCCUUGUCACCACAGACUCCGUGGAACCUACGCGUACUAGAUCGAUGGCGCGUGCUGCAGCAAAACGUGAUUGGGGUCGUCGGUGCCCGCAUGGCUCGCAUCUUGCCCGGCUACGGUAUUGGUGGAGUAUACAACAAACGCUGGAAGGCCCAAUGGCGCGACUAUCUUAUCCAGCGACAAGUGGAACGCUCGCGAAGGGAAGAACUUUCGCCCGCAUCCAUUCGACAACUCGUCGCCUUGAUUCGCAGCAAGCAACAGUCGUCCUAAGACGGCAACGUCUGUCAAGGACUGCAUACGUAUACGUAUCGGCUUCAAAAUCGGGAGAAGCGUUAAAAUUUGUACAUUAAAUGCUCCUUA